AUGGCUACCUCUGGAAACAAGAACAUCAACGCCAAAUUGGUAUUACUUGGAGAUGUUGGGGCUGGAAAAUCAAGUCUCGUGCUGCGGUUUGUUAAAGAUCAGUUUGUUGAAUUCCAGGAAUCAACUAUAGGUGCGGCUUUUUUCUCGCAGACAUUGGCUGUGAAUGAUGCAACUGUGAAGUUUGAGAUAUGGGAUACAGCCGGUCAGGAACGAUACCAUAGCUUGGCUCCAAUGUACUACAGGGGUGCAGCUGCUGCAAUUAUUGUCUUUGACAUUACAAACCAAGCGUCAUUUGAGAGGGCGAAGAAAUGGGUUCAGGAAUUGCAGGCACAAGGUAACCCUAAUAUGGUCAUGGCCCUUGCCGGAAACAAAGCUGAUUUAUUAGAUGCAAGGAAGGUGUCUGCAGAGGAGGCAGAGACAUAUGCUCAAGAGAACAGCCUUUUCUUCAUGGAAACCUCAGCGAAGACCGCAACAAAUGUCAAGGACAUCUUUUACGAAAUUGCAAAAAGGCUACCACGUGUACAGCCAACAGAAAACCCAACAGGAAUGGUUCUCCCGAGUGGGCAAGCGGCUACGGCAGUGAAUUCAUCAUGUUGUGCUUAA